AUGGAUAUAUUCGGGCGCUGCAACGGCGGCAGCAGAGUAACUGGGAGCGGCACUGGGAGCGGGGCUGGGAGCGUCGUCAGGGUCACGGAGUCCGGGGCGAUUCCCGGAGGAACCUCAGGAACCACGACAGGGGGAACGAGUACUGGGACCACCGGCAGGAUGCAGCUAACAGGUGCAUCCGCGCCAGGUGCGGCGGCGUCGCCCGAGUCCGGCGUCUCGCCGUUGGCCGAUGCCUACACCAAGAUGACCAGCGACAUCUUGGCUGAGAGGACGCUGGGAGACUUUGUCACCGAGCACACGGGGGAGCUGGUGAGAACAGGUUCACCACACCUCGUCUGCACCGUCCUUCCACCACACUGGAGGUCCAACAAGACCUUGCCAGCUGCGUUCAAGGUAGUCGCUCUGGGCGAAGUGGGAGAUGGCACUCCGGUCACCGUGAGAGCUGGGAACGACGAGAACUGCUGCGCCGAGCUGAGGAACUCCACCGCGUUGAUGAAGAAUCACGUCGCGAAAUUCAACGACCUCAGAUUCGUCGGCAGGAGCGGGAGAGGGAAGAGUUUCACCCUGACGAUAACCCUUUCUACGACGCCGCCCCAGGUGGCGACGUACGCAAAGGCCAUCAAGGUGACAGUGGACGGGCCACGUGAGCCCAGAUCCAAGACCAUGUUGUCACUUUUAGGGCAGCAGCAACAGCUCCACGCGUUCGCCAUCGCUUCUCAACGAGGUGGCCCUUUCUUCACCUCGCCCCUGGUGGACUCUUUGCAACCCUUGUCGAGUCCGUUGCAACACCUACCGAGCUCACUGCAGCCGAGGGAUCCCUUGUCGUCGUUCCGGCACGCCAUGCCCGGCAACUGUCAAAACAUGUCCCAGUUCGGCUUAACCGCUGGGAACUCCUGGGGUUACGGAACCACGGCCGGUUACGCUGGAUACCUUCCGGGCCCGCUGUCGUCUUGCGCAGCGCAGGCCCCGUUUCCUCCACCACCUCCUCAGCCACCUCCACCACCACCACCGUCGUCGACCUUGGCGUCGUUUGCUGGGAGUGGAGCGAUGACCACCCCAACUGCACCUGACUCCACGGCAGGUGCCACGGUGACGGCAUCCGCGACUGCAGGCACCACCCCCCAACAGGACGCCUUCUCAGCAGUCUCGUCGCUGGUCCCGGACACGACAACUCCAGGCCAGCCCGACCCGCUGGAUCCUCUCAGCACCUUGAUCUCAGGAUCCACCACUCAGAGGUACCAGGAUUACGUAUCCUCGAGAUCGCUGUCGACGGACUCCAGCACCACCGAGAGUCCCGUGCACGAGGAGGGAUUCGGUCAAAACUACGGCAACUACUUCCCCACUCCGGGAGUGUUCCCCAGCAUCCUCUACUCCCAGCUGUAUGGAAACCAGUUUCAGAACUCCGAGGCUGCGGAACAGCAGCGAGCGGUGCCGGACAGCUGCAGCGUCCGGCAGGAGGAAGUCAGGCCUGAUAACAAUGUUUGGAGGCCCUACUGA